AUGCAGCUGAUAAAGAUGGGGCCUUGUGGCGGGGACGGAGGCGGUCAAAGGGACAUGGACAUGAGGGGGGUGACGCGCAUAGUGAAGAUAGCGGUCCGCAGCGGGCAAAUCAUCGACGCCGUUUCGUUCUUAUACGACCGCAGCGGUGCCCUUGAGUGGGGUUCCCAGUGGGGGGGCAGCGGCGGCAGCUUCAAUGUGCCGAUAAAGAUGGGGCCUUGUGGCGGGCACGGAGGCGAUCAAAGGGACAUGGACAUGAGGGGGGUGACGCGCAUUGCUAAGAUAGCGCUCCGCUGCGGGGGAGCCAUCGACGCCGUUUCGUUCUUAUACGAGCGCAGCGGUAACCUCGAGUGGACUCCCCAGUGGGGGGGCGCCGGCGGCGGUUUCCAUGAGAUUAAUCUCGCACGGGAUGAAUAUCUAACUAAUGUUAUACGGUUACUUUAAUAAAUACUUGGUGGUGAAAUCACUAACUUUUGUUAGCAACCUCCAUAUUUACGGACCCUACGGUCAUCAAGAAGGGGUCGCAUUCGCUCUUCCGUCAGCAAGGGGUAAAAUUAUCGGUUUCCAUGCAAGAUCUGGUGGAUUUCUUGAUGCGAUUGGCACUUACGUCCGGAUCGACUAGUCGAUCGGCGACAAACGCCAUUCUAUAUAUGUACCUUUUUGUGACUUGUUUUGCUACUUGUAAGAGUGCUUUAAACUUCAUGGGAUGUAGUACUCAAUGUUUUCUGCUUGCGAUUGCUUCUAUUUAAAAAUAAUUGAUGACCAAAUCAAAACUCUUUUCUCAUUUGGUCGGGCUCUAAUCAAGUAGAUGUUUGU